GAGACAUCUGACAGUAUCUCGAAACUCAAAUUUAUGCGACACGGUCGGCUCUUUUCCAGAGCAUAUCAACGAGGUAUCAAACCGCGUGGUGCGCUGUUGGACUUUUCCAUCAGAUGGAGCAUAUUCCUUUGAGAGUAUGACAAGCACUGUCACCAUACCUGGCACAGCGCAGUCCUUAAACAGCAUAAUCCGCGCGGCAAUAGAAGAUUCACCGGUCUGCGAGUCUGGGAUUAUAAGACUCAUUGCAUUCACAAUCAUGGAUAAGAUUUCUGAUUGUGUGAGGCCUAUUAAUGGGACGAAGCCUGUGAAGCCUAUGAAUGGAGAGGCCUGUGAAUGGAGCGAGGCUUGUGAGGCCUGUGAAUGGAGCGAAGCCAGAGAGGCCUGUGAAUGGAGCGAUGGCCGCUCGCCCAUCAAUGAAUAUACUGCAAAACUCUCUAUAGUUAUUGCAUAUCGCAGGUCAUGGAUGCUAAAUUCCAUGUAG